AUGGCAGACACGGUCGCUCCUACGACAACGACAACAAACACCCAUUUUGCGACUUUGAUCGCAAACAGUGUCGCCGCGGCGAUCAUGCAGAAUGGAGGAGGAGGCCGACGAGUUGUUAGUAAUGGUAGCGGUAGUUGUUACGGUGGUAGUGAUGGAAUUAGUCUUGGUAGUUGUGUUUUUGGUGCUGUUAGUGAUACAGGCUGUACUGGAUGUAACGAUGAAAAUGGUGUUACUAAAAUGGAAGACGGAAAUACCGGAUCUACGACAGUAUCAACGGAUCCAGCCAGCUGUGGUACCACAUGUCCAUCAUUAUCAUCAUCAUCAUCAUCAGAACAACAGCAAACCUACAGUAUCAAAUCAAUCCUGGAAAUGCGUAGUGUUCCGACACCGUCUAUGGCAUCAACAACUACAACAGUAGCCGGAGCUUCUGUAGCAACAGGACAAACAACGACGACAACUGGUAGUGUUACUGCUGCAGAUGGUGAUAAGAUUACUGCCAGUUUAAUGUAUGGAGCUGAUGAAAGGAUGUCUAAUAGACUGCAUAACGGCGAUGACGACGGGACAGUUCCGUUGGUGGAAGGCGAACCAACAAUAUGGUUAGCGGUUCAACAAAACAGAUAUUAUUAA